AUGGAAUUUGUAAAUCUUGGUUUAGACUCAAAUAAAAAACCACUUCUUUUUAUCGAUCUAUAUAUCCAGAACAUCCCAGCAGAACCUCUUACAACCCUCAUUGACUCAGGAGCCACAUCAAACUUUAUCUCCCCCUUGAUUGUGGAAAAAUACAAAAUUCCAAAAACCCAACUUGAAAAUCCACAAGUUGUGAGAAUGUUAGAUGGUACUAUAUCCCAGACUGGUUGCAUUUGGCACCAGGUUCACCUCACGGUUUUGGCCAAUGGCCAUCCCCACUCCAUUCCCUUUCUUGUUUGCCCAAUUGGCAACACCCCAGCAAUUCUUGGCAUGACUUGGUUAACAACCAAAGCCCCCCUUAUUGACUGGCAACAGGGACUAAUCACCUUCCCCAAACAAGCACAGAUUGCCUCUGAGGAAGAAGCGGACCCAGAUCCUUUGGCAGACCUUCCCCCUCAGUAUCAUGAAUUUGCUAAAGUCUUUGGCAAAGAAGAAUUUAAGGUCCUCCCUCCACAUAGGGAGUAUGACAUAUCCAUAGACCUUGUCCUGGAUGCCAAAUUAUCCCCAGGACCUCUAUAUGGCAUGACUGAUGCUGAAUCCAAGGUGCUAAAGCAGCACAUUGACAAAGAAUUAGCAACGGGCAAGAUCCGCCCCAGCACUUCUUCCACCGGCACCCCAGUCAUGUUUGUUAAGAAGGCAGACGGGUCUCUUAGGCUGGUUGUGGAUUACCAAAAACUCAAUGACGUAACCCACAAAAAUGUAUACCCACUCCCAAGACAGGACAACCUCAUGGCAAAGCUGAGACAUGCUAAAAUAUUCACAAAGCUUGAUCUACGCUGGGGUUACAACAACAUCAGGAUCAAAGAAGGAGAUGAAUGGAAAACAGCCUUCAGAACCAAAUACGGCCUCUUUGAAUAUCUAGUCAUGCCGUUUGGCCUCACCAAUGCCCCUGCAGCAUUCCAGCACUUCAUGAAUGAUCUAUUCAGGGACCUCAUUGACGUCACCGUGGUUAUUUACUUGGACAACAUACUGAUCUUCUCAGAAGACCCCAAAGACCACCCAACCCAUGUAAGGGAAGUCCUGUCAUGGCUACUAAGAAAUCAACUGUUCUGUAAACUCUCCAAGUGUAACUUUCACGUCACCACAGUAGACUACUUAGGCAUUGUCAUAUCCCCUGCUGGCUUCUCCAUGGACCAGAAAAAGAUCAAAGCAGUCACAUCUUGGCCACAGCCCAAAACGGUCAAACAGGUCCAAGCUUUCCUAGGGUUUGUCAACUAUCUCCAACAGUUCAUUCCCAAUUUCAGCUUGGUGGCACGCCCCCUCCACAACCUCACAAGGAAGGAAUCCCCGUGGACUUGGGGAAACCAGGAAGAAGAGGCGUUUCAGGAAUUAAAAACCCUUGUCACCAGAUCCCUGGUCUUAAUACACUCCAACCCCGCACUCCCUUAUUAUUUAGAAACAGAUGCAUUGGGAGUGGCCAUGGGAGCUAUUCUAAGUCAAAGAGGAUCAGAUAACUGGUUACACCCCAUUGCCUAUAUGUCAAAAUCCUUCUCAGGUGCCAAAGCCAACUACGACACCCAUGACAAAGAACUCCUGGCAAUUAUCAAGGCUCUAGAGGAAUGGCGCAUUUUCUUGGAGGCAACCAACAAACCGGUACAAGUGUUCACCAACCACCGUAAUCUUGAGUACUGGAUGCAGGCAAGGACAUUCAACCGGCAACACGCAAGAUGGCGGGUAUUCCUGAGCAAUUUCAACUUUGAAAUCCACUACCGCCCAGGAAAACAGUCAGGGAAACCGGAUGCACUGUCCAGAAGGCCCGAUUACGUAGAUAUACCACCGGAACCAGAAGUCAUGCUACCUGCGGAGGUCUUUGCCAAUACAUCAGAGGAGGAAGUAGAGAUUGUCAUGGACAUUUGUUCAAAACUCAGAGAAGAUCCAUCACUUGAGCCCAUCAUUAAAUUCCUGACAGAGGACGUCAAUGACGCACCCCCAUCCAUCCGCAAAGCCUAUCAAGAUUAUGACUGGGAGGAGGACCUCCUAUGGUACCGUGGGAAACUAGUUGUUCCAGACGCAGAACCCAUCAAGGAAAGACUAAUGAGGGAAUUCCACAACUCCCCCUUGGCAGGCCAUCCAGGGCAACAAAGGACACUGGAAUUAGUUGGCAGAACCUACUGGUGGCCCGGAAUGAAGUCCACGACCAAGGAAUGGGUUGAAUGCUGUCCAAUAUGCCAAGCCAACCAACAAGCCCACGCCCCUGUUAUUGCUCUGAAACCCCUAGAAGUUCCACCAUUCCCCUUCCACACCAUCUCAUAUGACUUCAUUACGGGUUUUCCCAAAUCAAACGGGCACAACGCAAUUCUAGUGGUCAUUGACUCCUUUUCUAAGUUUGGGCACUUUAUUCCAACCUCAAAGAAGGUCACAGCCAAGGGCCUGGCGGAUCUGUUUGUCAGCCACGUAUGGAAGUUGCAUGGACUACCAAUCAGGACCAUCUUGGAUAGAGGCACCACGUUCACGGGAAAAUUCCUUAGGGCCCUCUAUCAGAGAUUAGGGAUCAAGCCAUUGUUUUCCUCAGCCUACCACCCAGAGUCAGAUGGUCAGACAGAACAAGUGAACCAGUUCAUCUGUUGUACACCACUGUAA